CGCUGAUUGGCCGGAGCGGCGCGGUUGCUAGGCAGAAGCGGCGGCGCGGCGCGGCAUGGCGGGCGCGCUGGGCGUAGGGCCGGGGGUGCUGGCGCUGCUGCUGCUCUGGGCCAUGGCGCUGCUGCUCGUGCUGGGGCUGGUCCGCGCCGGCCGCGCCCGGGUCGCCGCGGUGCCGGUGGCGCUCGCAGCCGCCGCGCUCACGGCCGCGCUGCUGCUCUUCCCCCGGGAGGGCGAGAGCCCGGCCCCAGCCGGCGCUGAGGAGAUUGUGGACACCUUCCUCAUCGGCCGCUUCAUCCUCCUGGCUGUGAUGAGCCUGGUGUUCCUCGGGUGCCUGUUCCUGUUCCUGGUUUAUCACCUCAUGGAGCCCGUGUACGCCAAGCCGCUCCACAGCAGCUAGAGACAGCAAUCUCUGCAAAGAGCAAAUCCUGAUUUCACGGGAAUAAACCAGCCAGAGACACCAGGGGGCUGUUCUGGAGGUGACCACGAUGCUCUUGCUGAGCUCAGAAAGAGCCAGCAAAGCAAGUGAAGUCUUUGCUUCAUUUUAAAAAGCAAAGUUUGGUCUGAGCAUGAGGCCCUUCCACCCCUGGGGGUUCAAGGCUCUGCACCUGCAAAGGUGUGUGAACCUCUGAAUCCUGCUCUCGUUUACAGCAGAGCUGAGAUCCAGGCACUUGGUGCUGCUCCUGAUUCAGUGCACUGAACUGAACCGAGGUGGUUUGUUACUGUUACCCACAAGAGAUGCUUUGUUACUGCUCCUUUUUCACUGUGGUUUAAUAAAACUUUUUGAGAAA